GUAGUGUAUAUAUAAGUAUUCAAAUAUUUCUCCUAUCUAAAUCAGGGCCUAUCACAUUGAACCCUUCAUAUUCAAGCUUCAUUUUCAUCUUUCCCCGUUCUUGGACCAUGUGUCUAUUUCAUUGUGUUUAAUAUUUGAUCCAUUUUUUCUUCUAGUUGACCUCUCCACUUUGAUUCAUGAAUACUUCACUUUGGAUAUAAAUUCUUCCAUUUCCUCUAGUGAUUAACCACUUAGAAGAUUUUAUUGAAGAGGAGAUAUGGGGGGAAUUACAGACAAAUCAGUGGAAAUUCAAUUAGGGUGUGGUCUAAUGGCAGCAUUUUUUCAACGCGGAAAUUGUAAGCAAAUUAAAUCAGUGUCGCAAAUUUCCAACAAAUCCAGCACCAAGAAAUUAGCCAAGCCACCCUCAAUCACUCUGAGGAAUUCGAUUUCACAUGAUCGAAAACACGUUAGAAGAUCAACAUCUGAUGGUACGAGAAGCAGCUCGAAGAAGCAAUCAUCCAAUUUUUCUAGCACGAACAAAAUGUCACAAGUUGUCAACUUGGCGCCCAACACUCAAAAUCUUAGGAGGGUACGAGCAUUCACCUCGAGUGACUUGAGCCCGACUGUCAUUAAUCACCAAAAAUCCAACAUGAAUGGAACGAUAAACCGUGCUUCCAGCACGGGCAACAUUAUGUUAUUAGGCCAAAGGAUCCAAAAUCGCUCAAGUGACCAAAAGUCUACCCUGCAGAAAGGCAGAGUAUUGAUGGGGAACAUAGUAAGGCAACCUAAUCUAAGGAGCUAUAUGUUAAACCAAUUGGAUCCUGAUGUACUCAAGUCCAUGGGAAAUGAACAAUACAGGCAGGGGAGAUUUGAAGAAGCAAUGGCUUUAUAUAAUCAAGCAAUCGCCAUCAAUCCGAAAAAUGCUUGUUAUUAUAGCAACAAAAGUGCAGCUUUGAUGAAUUUGAACCGUCUGAUUGAAGCAAUGAUCGAAUGCAGAGAGGCCAUUCGGCUAGACCCUUUUUAUCACAACGCUCAAUAUCGUCUUGCAAGACUAUAUCUCAGAUUGGGAGAAGCAGAGAAAGCAAUAGAUCAUUACGAAAAAUCUGGACCAAAGGUUUACAAAAGGGACAUUGCAGAGGCUCAAGAUCUUAAAAGAAUCAUAUGCAAUUGCAUAGAAGCUCAUAGGCUAAAGGAUUACAGCAUAUUACUUAAUGAGAGCCACAAUGCAUUGUUUUCUGGUGCAGAUUCAGCUCCACAGAUCUUUGCAAUGAGAGCUGAAGCAUUGAUGAAGUUAUAUAGACAUGAGGAGGCAUACACCACCAUUCAGAAGGGACCUAAUUUCAAAACUGAGCUUUACACUCGCCUUUUCGGAUCAACUAAAACAGCUUAUUUGAUAAUAAUUCGAGCACAAGUUUACGCGUUAGUAGGCAGGUUCGACGAUGGAAUCACUGCAGCUCAAGAGGCUGCAAAACUCGAUCUUAGCAAUGAGAUAAUCACAAUUUUUAGAAGAAUUAAAGGGCUGGCAUCAGCUCGGAUAAAGGGUAACAAGCUUUUUAAGGAAUCAAAAUACAUAGAGGCUUGUUCUAUGUACACUGAAGGACUAGAACAGGAUCCAUACAAUUCUGUUCUGUUAUUUAACAGAGCAACUUGUAGAUUUAAGUUGGGACAAUUUGAAAAAGCAGUGGAGGAUUGCAGUACAGCUAUUGUGUUACGUCCUUCGUAUACAAAGGCUAGACUCCGAAGAGCUAAUUGCUACAUGAAGUUCGAAAGAUGGGAGGCUGCAAUUCAAGAAUUUGAAAUGUUGUUACAAGAAAAACAAGGGGAUGAGGAAGUUAAGAGGGCAUUAUUAGAUGCAAAGAUUCAAUUAGAAAGGGAGAGGGAUGAGGAUCAAAAGCAAAGAAAGCUAUGCAAUGGAUCCAACUUAGUGUCAGUCACCAGCAAUUAAUUUUUGUGUUUAUAGUUUGCUUGUUUAUAUAUAUAGGUUCAGAUCAUCUCAUUAUAAGAAAUCAGAGUAAUACACAAGGAAGAUUUUGUAUAGGA